CCUCCUGUCCACUCUUGGGCCCAGGGGACCCUAAGCCUUUCCCUUUGGAAUCUUUGUUUCGGCUGCACCACAUGGCUUGCAGAAUCUUAGUUCCCCUACGAGGUAUUGAACCCCUGUCCCCUGCAAUGAAAGCGUGGAUCUUUAACCACUGGACCACCAAGGAACUCUGAAUCUCAAACUCUUGAACCCAGGAUACUGACAAAAAGGGAGCCUGCGAUGCUUUGACCAUUUGGGGUUGUUUUGUUUGGGCCGCACCAUGUAGCUGGAGGGAUCUCAGUCCCCCCACCAGGGACUGAACCCAGGCCCACAGCAGGGAAAGGCCAGGUCCUAACCAGUGGACCACUAGGGAUUUCCCAAGCGGUUUUUAAACUGUGUUCCCUGGAGUUCUAAGGGUGCUCUCCCUCCUUUAACCUGAGCACACCCUUUUAGUUCACAUAGGAGUUCUGCUAUAGUAUCUUAUUGAAAUGAAUUUGAAAGCCUCUGGCUUGGUCUGGGUGGACGCAGCGGGAUUCUGGGCAGCAACAUAAUUAGAGUCCUGGUGCCCACAUUCCUAUCUCAGACCUUGCAUAAGUUACCUUCCUCUGCACCUUUCUCUGCUUACCUGUAGGAUGGAUUGCAGGAAGACUAGGUAAGGUAAUCUCUUUAAAGUCUCUGGCAAAGGCUAACCACCCCAAAGUUGAUGAUGAUGGCCCAGAGAGGGAUAGCGACUUUCACAGAGAUGCUCAGCAUCCUCUCUCUCCUGUUCAGUCAUUCAUGCCUUCAUUGAUUCACCAGGUGCCCACUCCAUGUCCAGUCAGACACUGGGGACCCCAGAUAGACACAGCUAUGGAAGCCAGCCUGGGUGCCCCCGGCCACUGGCCCCGCACAGAGCUCGACGAUGAGGACUACCCUCAGGGCGGCUGGGACAUGGUCUUCCUGGUAGCCCUGCUGCUCCUGGGGCUGCCGGCCAAUGGGCUCAUGGCGUGGCUGGCUGGCUCGCAGGCCCGGCAGGGCGCGGGCACACGGCUCGCUCUGCUCCUGCUCAGCCUGGCUCUCUCUGACUUCCUGUUCCUGGCAGCAGCGGCCUUCCAGAUCAUGGAGAUCCAGCAUGGCGGGCACUGGCCACUGGGGACGGCUGCCUGCCGCUUCUACUAUUUCCUCUGGGGGGUGUCCUACUCCUCCGGCCUCUUCCUGCUGGCUACCCUCAGCCUGGACCGCUGCCUGCUGGCGCUGUGCCCUCGCUGGUACCCUGGGCGCCGCCCAGCCCGCCUGCCCCUCUGGGUCUGUGCUGGGGUCUGGGUGCUGGCCACCCUCUUCAGUGUGCCCUGGCUGGUCUUCCCCGAGGCCGCCGUCUGGUGGUACGACCUGGUCAUCUGCCUGGACUUCUGGGACAGCGAGGAGCUGCCGCUGCGGAUGCUGGAGAUCCUGGGGGGCUUCCUGCCUUUCCUCGUGCUGCUCAUCUGCCACCUGCUCACCCAGGCCGCCGCCUGCCGGCCCUGCCGCCGCCACCAGCCUGGGGCCCCGGCCUGCCGCGGCUUCGCCCGUGUGGCCAAGACCAUUCUGUCAGCCUACGUGGUCCUGCGGCUGCCCUACCAGCUGGCGCAGCUGCUGUACCUGGCCUUCCUGUGGGACUUCUACCCCGGCUACCUGCUCUGGGAGGCCCUGGUCUACUCUGACUACCUGAUCCUGCUCAACAGCUGCCUCAGUCCCUUCCUCUGCCUCCUGGCCAGUGCCGACCUCCGGGCCCUGCUGCACACCAUGCUCGCCUCCUUUGCAGCCGCUCUCAGUGAGGAGAGGCCGGGCAGCUUCAUGCCAGCUGAGCCACAGACCCAAGUGGACUCUGAGGAUCAGACGGUACCAGGGCCAGUGGCUGAGGCCCAGCCACAAGUGAACCCCACAGCCCAGCCACAAGUGAACCCCGAGGCCAAGCAGCAGGCGAACCCCGCGGCCCAGCCACGGGACGACAACGAGGGCCCACCCCAGCUGGAUUCUGGGGCCCAGUCACAGGCAAGCCCCAAGGCCCAGCCCCCCGGGCCCACUACCAGCUCAGCCCCCAGUGCCUGUGAGGAAGCUUCCUCCACCCCAGCCAUGGAUUCCACCCUAGAGGCCCCCGUGAACCUGGCCACACCUGCUGCCUCUGAGGGAGGAGGCCCCAGCAGCGCUCCCCGAGAAGAGGCCCCGGGCGCGGGCCCCACGUGAGGGCUCAGGAAAGUCCAGGCCCGCCAGGACAGCAGAAGAGCCGGGGGAGACGGAGGAACCAGCCCGUCAGAGAGGAGGACGGGUACCGUGGGGGAAGUUCGCGUGGAAAACCCCUACUGAGUCCCUUGGGCCUGGCAGACGAGGCUUGGGGGACGUGAACAUGAAGCAGCCAAAAUCCUGUACGGUUUGUUGAACGUCAUGUCCCUGGUCCCAGCAAGCUCUUGCAGACUUGGCCCCCACACAGUGGCCCAGCACCACCCCCCAAGCUACCACAGGUGAUGGUGUCCUUUGGGUUCGGCUCUCCAAUGCCCCCCAGACCCCACAGACAGCCUCCUCCUUAGCCUCAGUCCUGCAGGAGAAAGACGGGCAGGGCUACUUCCCCAGGCUUGAUCCUACCUUCCCUCGAUCCUUCCCUCCCUGCCCUCUUCCCUAUCCCGACCUCUCACCUGGAUACAAGGAGCCCAAGAGGAAGUUCCUACAGUGAAGGGAGGCAUGCGGGAGCCACUGGGAGCCCGGGGCCUUAGCGGCCCACAAGCGGACUCGGCAGCCUUCUCCUCCAGUCCCCUACCCCACAGGCAGUGAGGCUGGGGCCGGACUUCCUUCAGCAAGGUGGUGAGCACAGAGGCGAGAGCGGGCAAGACUGGAUUCCAAUCCAGCUCCGGGUGACUCUGGACAAGCUGCUUCACCCUCCGAGCUCCUGUUGCAUCUGGCAUCGUGAGGAUUAAAUGAGAAGAUGUGUGAGGUGCUGGCAGGAACUGGCACACAGAAGGGGCUCAGUGAACAGAUGCUUCGUAGACAUCCAGGGAUGCAGGGGCUGGGGAUGAUGGAAGGAGGGCACACCUGGCCGGAGCACCCGGGAUCCUGUGAGCUUCCGGGCAGAUCAGCGCGCCCAUGACCAGCUCUGGGCUGCAGAUGGCCAGGCGGCCUGAGAGAGCUUGGGGCCACCUCUGUGCCUUGGGCAGCUCCAGGGGACUUCAAGGUCUGCUACGUUUGAGGGUUCAAUGAGUGUUCCCCUGCCCAGCCCCCACCAAGGAGGAGGCACAGAGUGCCCUGGUCCUGCCUCUGCCUCAGCCCCUUCCAUACUCUCAGCCCAGAUGCAGAGAUGGGAAGAUGUCCCAGCAGAGAACUCUGGGAACCAGUGGCUCUAGGGACAGCACAGGCCCCUUGGAGGUCACACGGUGUCUCCAAGCAGAGCCAGCCUUCUUCCGUCUCCAGCUGCAGACCCUGCAAGAAAAACUAGGAAGUGCUGAAGUUCUA